AUGGAGAAAAUGGUUAGAACUCUCAUAACAUGUUUCUUCCCGUUCAUCACAUUCGGACAGAUUGCGGAGGUUAUCGAUGAAGAAGGCGCAAGCAGUUGUGGGACGAGUGGAAUGUUGUAUGGAGUGAUAUGCUGUCUAUUAGGGAUACCAUGUGUUUACUCAUGCACAUUCCGGACCAAACUCCGAAGCAAAUACGGGCUACCGGAUGCUCCAGCUCCAGAUUGGAUCACUCAUUGCUUCUGUGAAUAUUGUGCAUUUUACCAAGAAUAUCUUGAGCUCAAGAACCGUGGUCUUGAUCCCGCCAUUGGAUGGAGUGGUAAUGUGCAAAGGCAGAGAAUGGGUCAACAACAGGAGAUGAUGGCUCCUCCCAUGGGUCAACGGAUGAUGGGUUGA